UCGUGCUCAAUUUCCCUUAAAUCAAAAUGGCGAACGUUCUUCUUCGUCAAAUUCGUUUAUCCAGAAGAAUACGUCCAAUGCUAACGAAUAAUGGAUGUAUGAGUAUUUUCACGAAUGAACGUGAACCUCCAAAUGGAUUUUUAUUUAAUGAGAAGCCAAGGCUUAAUGGUGAAAAACGUGUGUGGGAAGAAUGGGAAGCCAUUUGGUAUCGCUGGUGGAUCGUUUCAAUCUUAAUACUUGGCGUUGGCUUUUACUAUAGACCUGAUACAACGCAGAAUACUUGGGCUCGUGAAGAGGCGAUGCGACAAAUAGAGGAAAAAGAUUUGGAAAAUGUGUCCAGUUAAGUUGAAGAACUUCUAUAGAUUGAACAAUUAAAAAAUUAACUCUUGGCUAUUUCCAUUGACAACUGUAAAGUGAUUUUUAAUGUGUUAUUUCUUGGCUAUUAUAUUGUUCAAUGAGUUCCUCGAGAAUUUUGGAUUUGGAUUUAUAUUAUUUAAUCCUCAUCUUUUUCUGAUUCUUAAUCCUUAUGAUUGUGUCACCCCUUGCAAAAACACAGUCACGAAAAGUAGGCUUAUUGCUUGAAACUGAAACGCGAUUUAUGUUGUUUGUUUUCGUUAACUAUAACGUUUUGAAAAGUUUUUCAUAUGUUAGAAUCAUUAAAUUACCGAAAUGGCGCUUGUAUCUGGCAAACGUGACCUUUUUUGUUGUUGAUAAACAAGUAACUCGGAGAACAGAUGUCUUUCAUCAAUUUUUUAUUUAAUAGUUUCAUGUGACAUUCCUGAAUUGUUUGCUCUUGAAGCGAGAUAAAUAUAGCUUAUCGAAAUAUAUGAAAAAGCAAAGGCGAGACUGUUGAAAAAGGAUCAAAUAGAAAUCUUGCUUUUAACCGUUUUCACUCCGAUGGUUUUGCUUGGCAGAUACAAACUAAAUCCUUAGCUGGGCCAUCUUUGCAUGGUAAAAGAACGCAAUUCCUGCGUUGUCGUACUCGCAACCGACCAUAUGAGACAAUUUAACCGUUCACAGCUGCUUCGAUGAAAAUGGAAAAGCUUCUGGAGACUAUCAGAGCGACAGAUGGCAACACAGAAAAUAAGCUGAAACUAAAACGCCCAUAAACACCAAGGUGGUACGCAGGGAGAGUGGCGUCGCGACCCCUCGGUCUGGAUACCUUACAGCCUCUAUUGUUUUUGUUGCACCAUUCUUGGACCGUUCCGUUAAAUUCUGUUGAAGUUGUUUUACAUACGUUUCUUUUCUCUUUUAUUGGAAAAAUAUCGAAAAGCGAUGUUUUAUGGUCAACUUGUUUAUGCGGUCGAAGUUAAUGGCUUAUAGUCAGGAGCAACGAUUGAGCGUGCUCAUCAUUAAAGUGCUUUUAAUGGACAUUUGAGGCUUUGUGAUAAACUGAUGACUUAAACCUCCUACGCUGCUCAUAAUAAUAUAACAAUUGAAGAUGAUACGAGUAAAUGCUAUAUUUAAAAAAUGCAAAUUCGAAUGCUGCUUGUUUGGGUGGUAUUCAUAAACAAAUUGAGCAUAAAAUAAAAUGUUACUGUCUUCUGUGUUUAUGGCUAUUAACUUUUUGUUUGAUGAAAAUGCGGCAGUGAAAACCGAGACCUUAUUGAUUACACAGUAAUGGCAUAAUGUUUUUUAAACAUUAAAAACUACUUCGUGAAAAGAAAACAUUUGAAAAAGUUCUUAACUUCAAAAAUAAACAGUAUGUUGCAAGGAUAAGCAACAAUUUCUCUUUCUCCACUGACCUAUUUAUUUACGACUGGAUAGUUCGGACAAAUUUAACAAUAAACAGUUAUUAAGUGAAAACGUUCUGUUUGAAUUGUUUCGUGCAAAAUAUCAAGGCUUUUGACCACAAAUUUCAAAACAAUGCUUCAUUUAUUGGACUGUUUUCCAAGUUGUGCAAAAUUCUUCCACAAUCAUCUGUUUAUGCCGCUGUUUGGAAAGACAACGUUCGAUGACAAAAUUACGAAGUUUUAUGAUUUGAAAGAUGUUCUUGGAACCGGAGCGUUCUCGGAGGUUGUUAAAGGCAUCGAGAAGUCGACUGGAAAAUCUUAUGCCAUUAAGUGUAUUCCGAAGAAACUGCUGAAAGGCAAAGAGGAGAAUAUCGAAAACGAAAUCAACAUUCUUAAAAAGGUCAACCACAAGCAUAUAAUUGGUUUGAAAGAACUAUUUGACAACAAAACUCAUCUUUACCUGGUCAUGGAUCUUGUUACAGGAGGAGAAUUGUUUGAUCGUAUUGUUGAAAGAGGAAGUUAUACAGAAAAAGAUGCAAGUGAUGCUUUAAGAUGCAUUCUUGAAGCUUGUGCUUAUUUACACGAGUUGGGAAUUGUACAUCGUGAUUUAAAGCCAGAAAACCUGCUGUAUGAGACAAAGGAAGAAAAUUCAAGACUUAUGAUAAGUGACUUUGGCUUAUCCAAAGGGACAGAUGAUGGCAUUAUGGAUACAGCAUGUGGCACUCCAGGAUAUGUAGCCCCUGAAGUUUUGCAACAAAAGCCUUAUGGACCUCCAGUUGACUGUUGGUCUAUUGGUGUAAUAGCAUACAUCCUUCUAUGUGGUUACCCUCCAUUCUACGAUGAAGAUGAUUCUAAUCUGUUUGCACAAAUAUUAAAAGCUGAAUAUGAGUUUGAUGAACCUUAUUGGGAUGAUAUUUCUGAAUCUGCUAAAGAUCUUGUGAGUCACCUGAUGGAAGUUGAUCCAAAUAAAAGGUUUACUUGUAAAGAAGCUCUUGUUCAUCCAUGGAUAUCCGGUAGAACAGCUUCGCGCAAAAAUAUUCACAGUUCUGUUAGUGAACAGAUGAAAAAGGCAUUUCUUAAGAAUAAAUGGAAGCAAGCCUUUAACGCUACAACAGCAAUAAACAGAAUGAAGCUGCUUGGUUUCAAUUCCCGUCAGGACGUAACUAGAGAGAGAAAAUAACAUCACUUUCAUCUAGAGUUGCUUUGAGGAUAGCAUGACGUAUGUAUGUUGUCUCUAGGCAACGAAAUUGUUACCUGCACGUUCCCAUGGUACCCCCGACUAAGACUGGCUGACCAGUAAGCUGUCAAGUAGAAUUAAUUUAUAAGAUGUCAGUUGAUGACCGUGUUUUUCUGAUUGUGACGGGUUUCAAAUAGUUGCCAAAUAAAAAGAUAAAACAUA